AUGGUCUUCCUCUACCUCCGCCGCGACCUGCCUCUCCUGCGCGUCCGCUCCUUGUCCCUGUCCUUCGCCGCCGUCAUCAUGCUGCACCUCUACUGGCUCGCCGUCCAACUCGGCUACGUCUACGGUGCCCUCAUGCCCGCCGCCGUCGAGUACUGGAUCAUGAGCAUCUACCUGCCCUUCGGCAUCGCCCUCUUCCAGGCCUCCAACACUCAGCUUCUCUACGUCUCCAAGGCCCAGAAGCGGUUCGCCCGCCACGACAGCAUGUCGACCGUUCGAUCUAGGCCCGAGACGGAGAAGCCUUCGCUCCGGAGCAUUCAUCGCAAGCUCGACUACCCGACCAGGAUGCUUCUAUACGUCAGCCUCGGCAUGCUCUUCCAGCUUUUCUUGACCACCGUCAUGUUCCUCAUCACGCGCAAAUUCCACCCCGAGUUCGGUGUACCCGGCACCGAGGUCACCGGCACCCCGCCGAGCAAAGGCCGCCGCGUCCAAGGGCUGGGAGUGGUGGCCCUCGGUGUUCUGGCAGAUCUUACCAUGGCUUGCUGUCUCGCAGGACUUCAUGCCAGUCCCAUGUGGCUUAUCGCUCUUUACGUCCCGGGCAUGGCCCCGGUGAACCAGUAUUUCAUCCCGCCUCAGUGGAUCGCCGUCUCCGUCAUGGUCCUCGAAAUCUUCACCAUCCUCUACCCCUGCUACCAAACCAUGCGCCACCAAUCCCUCCAGCAAGAAACCCUCGACUCCAUCGCCCGCUGGGAAUCCCGCAACAAGGCCAAGAACGACGACUCCGUCUCCGACUCGUGGAAGUCCCUCGCCGGCGUCGGCAAGGCCUCCUCCGCCUUCUCCACCAGCGACAGCGUCCUCGUCAUCGGCGCCCUCGAGUACGUCCUCGACAAGAACCCCGAGCCCCUGCGCCAGUUCUCCGCCCUCAAGGACUUCUCCGGCGAGAACAUUGCGUUUCUCAUGAGCGUCGCCGAGUGGAACAAGACCACGGCCAUCGCGCGCGAGCUCGCCCGCGACAAGUUCAACCACGCCCUGCGCAUCUACAACGAGUACAUCAAUCCCAAGGGCGCCGAGUUCCCCAUCAACAUCGCGUCCUCGGAGCUGCGCAAGCUCAACGACAUCUUCGAGGCCGCCGCCCGCGUCAUGUUUGGCAGCCGCCAGGUCGUCGCCGAUCCCGUGUGUCCCUUUGACACCAUCGAGACGUCGUCCGCCUCGGAGCUCACCGCCGUCGGGUCGGGCAGCAGCGUGCGGAGCGGCGACAAGAAGGCGAGGACCUCGUCGUGCGCCGACGGCAGCAUCAAGUACCUCGUGCUGACCAACACGUGGCCCAAGUUUGUGAAGGAGAGGAGGACCUCGGUGGACUCGAACCGGUCGGACGAGACUUACUGUUAA